UAAACUUCCAACACAAAAGCCAGCACCACCACAAACUCAGCGACAACCAUCAAGACCAGACCAGUGGGCAGUUUUGGUAGACAUCAAUGAGUCAGUGCAAGAUUUUCAUGAAAGAAUUCCGCAAAUGGCUUUUCAUGUAGGUUUAACAAUUGACGAUUUUAAAAUAACCUGUAGUAUUAAGUCAAUGGGAUCAGAUGGUCAAGUUUUAGAAUUUAUUGAAAUAAGCUGAACUAGCCAAUCAACUUAACCCUAUGGAUGUAGCAAGUCAACAUAACCCUACUGAUGCACCUAGUCAACAUAUGUCAGCAAAGUCAUUUUGGGUUAGAAGAAUUUUAGGCUGAUUCUUCUGAAACUCUCGCUUUUGCCUGCCCGAUAGUUUUAAAGCACCUUUCUAUAAAUAGAUAUCUAAGUGAAUCUACACUGGACUAAAAGUGUUUCUUUGUAUAUUGCUAAGGUCAACAUUUCCUUUAAAGUGAAAAGCUAGUUAUGAAUUAAAAAAAACUUGAACGGUAAUGACACAACCCCUAAUUAAACAAAACCCCAAAACAAAGAAUUUUCGUCAAAAAUACUUUGUAUAAUGUAAUAUCCAGCAAUCGGGGUGGUGUUAAAAGUUUGGCAAAACAUGCAUAGAAGUAAUGCCCUUUAUAAGAAUCCCAAUAAUCGAUUUUUCCCCAAGUUUUUUUUACUCCACACAGCUAUAAUAAUAUUGUAAUGAGCCACCCACUUUUACACCGCAGAUUUAUUUCCUCAACUAUCUCAGAAAAAAAAAGACAAUAUUACGCGCCAAACGCGCAUGCAAUUUAAAAAAAAAAAAGAAUCACAUUUAACGCAGUUAUCGGGAAUUCUAUAUAGUAAAAUAAGUGGCAUCAUAUUCCCUUCAUCAUCCUCUUGAAAAACUAGAAAAAAAACUUGUUUUUGGGUAUUGUGGGUGGGGCUGAAAAUCUCAAAGAAUGUGUUGUCAGUGGCAACGAGUCUUUGUGCCAAGUUUCAACUCGAUAGCUUGACGAGAAGUGGGUCUAUUAGCGGUCCGGAGAUUUUGCCAGCCAGAAACACACGAACAAAGCGGAGUUAAUAUAAAGGAUUUAAAAAUAAUGCACAUUUCAGACACAUCUGGGGAACUGAGUACAGAAACACAAAUUCGGACACAUCUGGGGAACUGAGAACACAACACACAAAUUCGUAAAUUAGAUGGCGAGAACAUGUCUUACAUUUCUGUGUGUUCUUCUAUUGCCACCAUUGAAAUAACUCACGUGACCACCUGGUUUACACAUCCAUUCACAGUGGCCGUUUGAGCUGGACACGUUCCAGAAGCAAGCCAUCCUGAGGCUAGAGAACAACGAG